GCGCAGCCAUGGCGGACGACGAGCUCUUGCCCGUCCUCUCCUUCGGGGACCUCAUGAGCGAGGGGAUAGCCCUGAGCCGGCGCGGCCAGCACGAAAAGGCUCUGGGCCGCUUCAAUGACGCCCUGAAGCUGAGAGGAGCAGACAAGCACUGCCUCAUCACCCGCUCCAAGUGUUUUCUGAGACUUGGGGACACAGAAAACUCCCUGAAAGACGCUGAAGCCUCUCUCCAAAUUGAUGAUACAUUCUAUGAGGGGCUUUACCAGAAAGCAGAGAGCCUGUAUGCCAUGGGGGACUUUGAGUUUGCACUGGUGUUUUACCACCGAGGCCGAAGGCUCCGCCCCGACCUGCACAAGUUCCUGCUGGGCAUCCACAAGGCUGAGGAGGCCAUUAUCAACUGCAUUGGGAAUCCAUCCACAGUGAAGCUGGAGAACAAGGAGGGGCUGUGCUUUGUGAGCAGGCAGGCAGAGCUGCAGAGCAAAAAAGACAGCCAGAAACAGCAAAAAAAACCAAAGGACCAAAAGGAUCAAAAACACACCAAGAAGAAGAGUCCAAAAACAGAGCAACAGCUCCUGGGCCGGCUUUAUGAUGACAAGGCAUAUCUGGAGAAGUUGCUCAAGGAUGAAGACUUGAUGCAGAGCAGCACAAGGCAGGGGACCAAAGUCAUGGACCUGGUUAUGGGUGGCAUCUCCUACCUGAACCAGCGGCGGGACUUCUGGCAGCAGCAGAAGCCGAUGUACGCGCGCGAGUACGAGCGCAAGCUCCUGCGGCUGGGCUGGGGGCGGGACAGGAAACUGAAACCAGCCGAGAUCGCCAGGGCCAUCGCCAAGGAGAUGGAGGAUAUCGAGCAGAUGCUGGCCAGAGGUUCUGCUGAGCAAAGCUGCAGGAAAGCUGAACAUCUGCUGAAAAAGAUACGAGCCUGGUCAGAGGAUGAUGUUCCCAACAAGUAUGAACUGAUUGGGAACCUCCACAGCUGCAUUGGGAAUGCCCAGCUGGCAAUGGGACAGAUGGAGGCAGCUUUGAACAGCCAUAAGAUGGAUCUGGAAUGUGCCAGGGAGCACUCUCUGACAGAUUCCGUGUCCCGGGCCCUGGACAACAUCGGCCACGUGUAUGCCCGACUUGGAAAGUUCCAGCAGGCCAUCAGCACCUGGGAGGAGAAGAUUCCACUGGCCCAGUCCAGCCUGGAGAAGGCCUGGCUGUUCCAUGAAAUUGGGCGGUGCUACCUCGAGCUGGACAAUGCUGAAGUAGCCCAGGAUUAUGGAGAGCAGUCCCUGCAGUCAGCAGAUGAAGAGGGAGAUGUGGAGUGGCAGCUCCAUGCCACUGUGCUGGUGGCACAGGCACAAGUGAAAUUGAAAAAUUACCCGUCUGCAAUCCUGAAUUUUGAAAGGGCUCUGGAGAAGGCAAGGCUUUUGCCCAGUGAAACUGCUCAAAAUGGCAUCAUUGCGGCCUUGGAUAACGUGAGCAAAAGCCUCAUUGCAGAGCUGAACAAAGGCCAGAAAGACGGGGCGAUUCCCUCACAUGAAGAUCGCCUUUUCAGCAGGGAAAGCAUAAAAGCCACCGCUGAGAAUGUGGAAGAGGAGGAGGAGGAGGAGAAAGGGAAUGAAGAUGAACAGCCAUAAGAGGAAGCCAGAAACAAUAUAGAGAAUAAGAAAGGUUAAAGGGGGGGGAAGUAAAUAAGCAGAAGAAAAGGUUAAAGGGGGAAAACAGACAAGGAAAUAAAGGACAGCAGAGGGAAAAAGUAGAGCCUAGGCGGGAAGUUUAAAUAAAUAUUGAGCAAGCGUCGUACCCAGCAGUGCAGUGGUGCGUCCCUAGCCGGG